AUGGUGGCUCCGGCCUCUACCGGAGCGAGCCCGAUGGCCAGCCGGCCCUCGAUGGGCCCCCAGCCAACCCGGUCUUCCAGCACUCACCCGUCGCAUUCCCACAACGUUCCCUUGAGCGCCCGAAGGUCAGCACCGCUUGACUUGGCCACUGUAGAACGACGCGGUCAAUCCAAUGCCCCUCGCGAGCCAUCGAAGCGCAUUCGCCCUCAUGGCAUCCCCGAAGCCCCGACAUUUCGCCCAACCGAGGAGGAAUUCAAGGAUCCCGUGGCGUACAUCCAGAAAAUUGCGCCCGAGGGCAAGAAGUAUGGCAUUUGUAGAGUUAUUCCACCGGAUAACUGGCAACCGUCUUUCGCGAUUGAUACAGAGCGUUUCCAUUUCAAGACCCGUCGACAGGAACUCAACUCGGUCGAAGGAGGUAUGGCCCCGCGUUCGACUGAUGUUGCUAGCGGUGGAACCUCUCCACAAUGCGGUUCUAACCCAGACUCUAACGCAGGAAACCGUGCCAAUAUGAACUAUAUCGAUGGGCUCGCCAUGUUUCACAAGCAACACGGGACAAAUUACAGUCGGUUACCCAGCGUCGACAAACGCCCUCUGGACCUCUACAAGCUGAAGAAGGCGGUUGAGACCCGAGGUGGAUUCGAACAAGUGUGCAAAACCAAGAAAUGGGCAGAGAUCGGUCGCGACCUGGGAUACAGCGGGAAGAUCAUGUCCUCACUGUCGACCUCGCUCAAAAAUUCUUACCAGCGUUACUUGCAACCAUACGAGGAAUACCUCCUUCGGGCUAAGCCCGGCGUCCAGCAGCAGCUUGAAUUGGAACAUGGUGGUCCUUUUACCCCGUCUCCGAGGAACUCUCCUAUGCUCAAGAAGCCGCUCAUUGAUGAAAACGGCACCCCUUCCAAACCGCGUGAAGAGACACCGUUAAUGCGAGUAGCACCAGCUGCGAGUACUCCAAUGCACGAUAUGCCAACUCCAUCCGUCGAGCCCACGCCCCCUCCGCGUCCAACCCCAUCUGGUUUUACCUCAGUCAAUGCCGGCUUAGGUGGAUUUACUGCCGUCAACCACCACUCUCCUGCCAUUUCUCAUUCUCCCGCCGUUACUCACUCUCCAGGCUUCGCAACGAUGGGCAACGGUCCCGCCAUCAAACAUGAAGGGGAGAAUGGAACAGCAACACCCAAGAGCGUUAUUGAUCAUCCUGCUCAUUCGACCCCUGUUCCGAAUGGCCAAGCUGGUCUGCCCGUUAAGCGGGGAAUCAGCCAUGACAGUGGUUCCCAAGCUGAUAAUGGGGAUGACGGAGGCAGCGGCCGUCGAAGCAAGCGCCUCAAGAAAGAUGGAGCCCCAACUGUGGCGGGCUCACAUAUGUCCCUUCUCCGGCCAGCACUUCCUAAACAGCGCAAGGAUGGUGCGCCACGAACCGGCGAGAAAUGCGAGUCGUGCGGCAAGUCUGAUGACCGCUCGGCUAUCCUCGUGUGCGAUAGCUGUGAACUCGGGUACCACACAACCUGCCUCGACCCAUCCACAUCAGCUCCCUCGGACUAUGAUUGGCACUGUCCCAAAUGUCUGGUGGGAACUGGCGAGUUUGGAUUCGAAGACGGAGGUGUCUACUCACUGAAACAAUUCCAAGAAAAGGCAAACGAGUUCAAAAAGCGCUAUUUUGCUUCCAAAAUGCCAUUUGACCCUGUUCUUAACACACACCGUCGUGAAACUGAGGACGACGUGGAGGCUGAGUUCUGGAAGCUAGUUGUAGACCUACACGAAACGGUCGAGGUUGAAUACGGUGCUGAUAUCCACUCCACCACUCACGGCAGUGGAUUCCCCACUAUUGAACGAAACCCACUUGAUCCUCAUUCCUCCGAUCCUUGGAACUUGAACGUGCUUCCUUUCUACGGAGACUCGCUUUUCCGUCACAUCAAAUCCGACGUCUCCGGUAUGACCGUGCCCUGGGUAUAUGUGGGAAUGUGCUUUUCAACUUUCUGUUGGCACAACGAGGAUCACUACGCCUACUCUGCCAACUACCAGCAUUUUGGUGCGACCAAGACAUGGUACGGUAUUCCCGGAGCCGAUGCGCAGGCAUUUGAAGCGGCUAUGCGCGAGGCAGUCCCAGAGCUGUUCGAAGGCCAGCCUGAUCUCCUCUUUCAACUCGUUACUUUGAUGCCACCUGACAAGCUGCGGAAAGCUGGCGUCAACGUAUAUGCGACAGAUCAGAGAGCCGGGCAGUUUGUUCUGACUUUCCCUCAAGCAUACCAUGCUGGUUUCAAUCACGGCUUCAACUUCAAUGAGGCGGUCAACUUCGCUCCUGCAGACUGGGAGCCCUGGGGCGCCGCAGGAGUAGAGCGCUUGCAAACAUUCCGCCGUCACCCGUGCUUUUCUCACGAUGAAUUACUAUUCACAGCCGCUGCUCGAGAUACGUCCAUCACAACUGCCAAAUGGCUAGCACCUGCACUCGAGCGAACUUGCCACCGGGAGCUCGCCGAUCGAACAUCGUUCCUGACUCGCCAUCGGGACGCCAUGCCCCACAAUUGUGGUGUUGGUACUAAAAACCCGACAGGUGAAUGUCAGCUUAAGUUCGUAGUGGAGGAGGAGGAUCUCCCGGAGGAUGAAUACCAGUGCCAGCACUGUAAGACCUACACUUACCUCACGCAGUUCCGUUGCCACAAGUCAGGCAAGAGUCUUUGCUUGUUGCACGUGGAGGCUUACGACUGCUGUGGUGAGUCCCUGCCCCAGAAACUCUUGGGUCCAGGUCACACUCUGCGCUACCGUGCCAGUGAUGACGAACUAAAGGCAGUGGUCCAAAAGGUCCAAGAACGAGCUAGAAUCCCCGAGGUAUGGGGAGAAAAGCUCGACAAGACCUUGGAGGAUGAGCCGAAGCCUCAGCUGAAAGCUCUCCACCACUUGCUCAGUGAAGGUGAGAAAAUCCCAUACCACCUGCCUGGCCUCCAAGAUCUUGCGGCCUUCGUCCAGCGUUGCGAUAAAUGGGUUGAGGAGGCGAACAACUACAUCACCCGGAAGCAGCAAAACCGCAGAAAAAACGAAAAAGCAUGGCGCAAGGCCGGCUCCAAGGCGGCGCAGCUGGACGAUCGUGAUCGUGAAGUCCGCAGAGUAGAGAGUAUCUACGCCCUUCUGGCAGAGGCUGAUAAACUUUCCUUCGACUGUCCACAGAUGGCGGCUUUGGAAGAGAAGACCCGCGAGAUCGAAAAAUUCCGCCAGGAUGUUAACGCCGCCCUGAUGAACCCGCAUACCCGAAUGACCCAGGAUAUUGAGGAACUUGUUGAAUCCGGCCGAAAUUUCAACGUGGAAAUACCGGAAGUUGAACACCUGGAGAAAGUUAUGCAGCAGAUGAAAUGGACCGAAGAGGCCGCUCGAAGGCGAGAUCAAUACCUCACCCUUAAGGAUUGCCAUGAAAUUAUUGCCACGGGACAACAGUUAGGCCUUUCUGACACCAAUGAGCACCUGAUCCAAUUUAAGGAACUCGCUCGACUCGGCGAAUCUUGGGAAACCAAGGCCAAGGAACUAAUGGCUGUCGAGGCCGUACACUACCAACAGUUGGAAGCCCUCUCUGCUCAAGCCACCCGCUUUCCAGUUUCCCCUGAUAUUUUAGCUGCCGUUGACGCUAUCUUGACCAAACAGCGAGAAGCCCAGAAGCGGAUCCAAACCCUUUAUGAAAAAAGCAAGGAUCCUGAUCUGAGAAAUCGACCCGUGUACAAGGACGUUCGUGAACUCACCGAGUCUCUCGAGCAGCUCAACAGUCGGCCAAUCGGGGCCAUCGACCUAGAACGUGAACAAAAACGCCACGAGGAUUGGAUGAGAAAGGGUAAAAAGCUUUUCGGCAAAGCCAAUGCCCCCUUGCACAUCUUAAAAUCCCAUAUGGAGUAUGUGGAGAAACGAAACUCUUACUGUUUCGACUUGGACGAUAGUUAUCGUCCUCCGGUGGAACCUUCCUCCCGUGACAACACUCCUGAUGGGUUGCUAGAGAGUUCCAAUCCCAACGUGUCCAACGUGUGGGGUCCCAAGUCUCGUAAGCGGGACGUGUUUUGUAUUUGCAGGCAUUCAGAAGCGGGAAUGAUGAUCGAGUGUGAAGUUUGUCAUGAAUGGUACCAUGGGAAAUGUUUGAAGAUUGCGCGGGGUAAGGUCAAGGAGUUUGACAAAUACACUUGCCCGAUCUGUGACUGGCGUCAGAAGAUUCCUCGAGAUGCAGCUCGUCCCAAAUUGGAAGAUUUGCUGGAAUGGCAAGCCGAGAUUGCCACCCUUCCUUUCCAGCCUGAUGAGGAAGAAGUCUUGGACGGUAUCGUCAACCAGGCGACGGCGUUCCGUGAUUUUCUCCAAAGCUUCACGAACGCCGCAUGCACUACUACAGAGGAAGUCCCUACGUUGAUUUUCUACUUGCGGAAAAUCGAAGGCGCAGAGGUUCUUUUGACCUACGAGACCAACUUCUUCCGCCAAGAAAUCCAUAAAUGGGCACCAGUCGCACCAGAGGCACCACCAAUUUUGGAUCAGUCUCUCUCGACUCGCAAACCUCGACCCACUAAGCAGCAAAAAAUCAUGGCACAAAUGGGUGUUGAGCGCCCCGAGGAUCUUCCCGAGCACCUCCGGGUGAAGCAUCUAGUCGCCAAGCGCAAGUCGGUCGACAUGCAGACUCAGCCUCAGAUUAUGCCCCGACCAUCGUCUUUGCAGCCGGCCACGCCAACCCCAAGUAACAACCAGCCUUCCACUACCGGGCCAACUUUGACGCCCAUGACCGAUUCAAACAAUAACACAUCCUAUCCGUUCUCUGCCAAUUACUCAUUGCCGGCCAGUGACUCAACCCCAGCUUUCGCGCCUACAUCUUCCGCAUUUUUGCCUCAUGUUGCCGAGGCUUCUCAAUCCCCUUCUUUCCUUCCUCGGUCUCCUCCAACACCCCAGCAAGGUCUUGAGCCCCCUCUUUUCAGCCCAACGCGCUUUGACCGUGAUCCUCAAUUUGUGAGCAGCAGUCCUCGUCCCAACAUGGACGAUGUAUUUGCAGACCUUACCAAUCAAGACGUUGAUCCCGAAUCGGAAGCUAUGGAGAACACUCACGCCAACGAGGCUCUCGAGGCGCUUAAUGCUAGCAAUGGCAGUAGCCGGGCUUCCUCUCCCAAUGAUGAGUCUGCCCCUAAUGGCGAUGCUCAUGAUACUGAUAUCCAGGAUGCUACGGCUCCGCUCUCGGCCUCGGCCAGUGACGAAAAACUCGAUAUGGAUUCUUGA